AUGUCCAUUGUUGUCCCCCAAGUCGCACCGAAGGCGCACACCGUGCCCACCUUCUCCGGUCCCCACGGCGCCGUCGUGGAGCGCAUCAACCGCAUGAUCGCCUCUGGCAACUUCGACGUCUUCUUCACCGCUCUCAAGGGGUUUCGAAACGGUUUAGUCUAUGGCACCCGCGUCCGUGCCCCGCACGCCCUCGUGCUGAACCUGGUGUGGAGCAAGUCCCCGUACAGCUCGAUGCCUGCAAAGAUCCUCAAGGUCACGAAGACCCACGCGCUAGGCCUUGGGUAUAGCUCGGCCACCUUCGCCGUCAUACGCGGUAUCUUACGCAACCUGCAGGGCACUACGCAUGCGUGGCACAACGCCUUGGCGGGUUUCGUGGUUGGCUGUCUCUUCUGGGGUGACCCCAGCAACGGUGUCCACGUUCAGAUGAUGAUGUACAUGCUUGCUCGCAUCGUGUGUGCCCUCUACCACCUGCUCACCUCCACGUGCGUAAUGUCGAUUCCGCCAGUGGCGUACCGGCUGUACAUGGGCUGCCUGUGGUCCCUGGCCAUCAUGUUCCUCAUGUACUCCCCAGAUAAGCUGCAGUCAUCUAUGGCGCAGUCCUUGGAGUACAUUUUCAAAGACAGCGGCAAGUUCAGCAGCUGGUACGACCUCGUCGUGGUCAACUCUGUUGACACUCUGUAG